AUGCAGGAAAGUAUCCUCCUUAAUUGUAAAUUGCACAAGCUGACACCGCCGCGAAAUGUGACUCCCACGGAAACGACCGGCAAUCUUGACGAAUUGGAGCUACGUCGUCGACAAAACAUCAUACAAAUAGCUUGUGGAAUCUUCAGCAAUUCAUGUUCAUCGUUAUCAACGAAUUGCAUUCUCAAUAUUCCGCAACUUCUCGCCAGCUACUCAUUGUUGACGAACGUCACUGAUGCUACGAUUUCCAAACAGCUCAACAGCUCCCUUUUUGGUGCUAACGUGGUGAUUCCGCCGACGUCAACGGAAAUGGCGAAAUUUUUAUCGGAAUGGUGCAAUCAAUUAAUGCCAAAUUAUUCGGCCGCUCGUCGACUCAUUGUUCAUUCUGGUGCCGCCAAGAGCUACAGCUUUUCCACAUUUCUCGUGCUAACGGAUUUAUUCUUUGGGAUUAAGAUUUGGAAAGAACCCGACAUGAACGAAUGGCUCAAGAAGCAACUUGAAAUUGAAUCCCCGGAAAACGUAUUCACUCUUUGGACGGAACCAGACCCACCGAAAGACAAGGAUAAAGCAACAAUGUCACAAAAGUUAACAGUUGCUGGCGAACGAGCCACACGCCCAAACACACUCCGUUGUCCAAUCAUCACUGGUGCCUCUUUAUUGUCGGUUCACAUCCCGGGAGUAAACUAUCAGGAUUACUUUCAGCUAUAUUUUGAGGGUACAGAUGAGAUGGUGAGAGCGAUAGAGAUAAAAGCAACAAAACCGGAUAGCAUCAGUGUCACAAAUUAUGACCGCCACAAGAUCUAUUCAGUGGCAACGAUGAGACCGGAGUUGACAAUUUACAUUUUCACAGAGUACAUCGGUGACAUGUUCAUGCUCAAGGGACAAGUCAUAGAAGCGCUACGAUUCAUCAAUAAUAACACAAGGCAAUUCUUGCCGGUCACCUCGUUGAUAAUGCCGAUUUGGGAUGACCCGGUCAAAGCUGCCCAAGUACAUGGGAAUCCCUACAAUACGAAUGAUCUUUUGUUUUGUAUUGGAGCUUUCGAUGAUCUGGCACACGAGCUGAGCGAGCCAUCGACUAGCAAUCCUCCCGCUAUUCAACAUUAUGAUUUGUUUCAAAUUUCUGGAGUCUCCCCAAAGGCUUGUGGAAACGCAUUUGAGGUGCCGAAUCAAGUUAAAGGUCGAUGUCUUAUUACGAGCCCAUUCAUGCUUGUUUUGAUGGAUCGAAUCAGGGGCAUUCCGAUUGAGAUGGCCUACAUCGCCAAGCCGACACCUACUACUGAAAACAAAGAAGUGAAGGAACGAAAGAAAUGUACGAUUAGU